GACGGAAUCCAUCCACAAAUAUAGCUGAGGAAAGAUAUAGUAGGAAAACGAAGUAGCCGAAAGAGAAAGAAAGCAGUCUUCUGAUUAAGUAUAGAAAUUGAAAUUAGGGUUUUGCAAAAGUGUGAAAAAAGAUGGGAAUUUUGACUAUGAAAACUUUGCCUUUAGGAUUUAGAUUCAGGCCGACCGACGAAGAGCUCAUCAAUAAUUACCUUAGAUUGAAGAUCAACGGUCGUCAUUCCGAGGUCGAGGUCAUUCCCGAAAUUGAUGUCUGCAAAUGGGAGCCCUGGGAUUUACCUGGACUGUCUGUGAUAAAAUCGGAUGAUCCGGAGUGGUUCUUCUUCUGUCCCCGUGACAGGAAGUAUCCGAAUGUCCACCGCUUCAACAGAGCAACUGAUAAAGGUUACUGGAAAGCGACCGGCAAGGAUCGAACCAUCAAGUCGAAAAAAUUGCUCAUCGGCAUGAAGAAGACCUUGGUUUUUUACAAGGGCCGUGCUCCCAAGGGUGAACGAACUAACUGGAUCAUGCACGAGUAUCGCCCCAUGACCAAGGACCUUGAUGGCACCAGCCCUGGCCAGAGUGCUUUUGUCCUAUAUAAAUUGUUUCAUAAGCCUGAAGAGAGGAAUGAUAUUGGGAAGGAUGAUGAAGUAGAACAACCUUGGUAUUCGCCUGCCAUGACAAAGUCUUCUCCUGAUGAUACUUCAUCGGAUCUUCUCCAAGAUACAGUGUCAUCGGAUACACAAGCUCAAAAGCCGAAUAACCUAAUGCAUAAUAGUCAAGUAACAUGUGACAGCAGCUGCAAUAGUCAUAUGACUUCUGAUGCAGAAGAUAAUGCUGUUGAAGAAACUAUGGUAGAGAAAUUUCCACUUCAGGGAGACAAUUCGAAUUUGUGUGAGCCUACUUUCGGUGAAAUUGACAACAAAGUCUUCUCGCCAAUGAACUUGUAUUUUUUUGAUGAUCUGCCACUCUGCAUGGAUUCUCCAUAUGAAAAUGAUUUCGGCCACGAUCAAAACAGAUAUAAGUUCCAGGAUGGGUCCAGUGAACAAGAUUUAUCUUUCUCAUUGUUGGAUGCAGUCCUCAAUAACCAUGAUGACCUCUGUACUGAAUUGAAUGGUCAGGAGAGUUCGUUUCCUGGAACUGGGAUGCCCUUGUCUGAUGGUUUAUUCAUCUCACCCGAAACCUCUUAUCUAAAAGAAAAUGGCAUAUACAGUGAUGAAGACGCUAAAAUGCUGCAAAUGCAAACUUCCUUCCAACCUAGCUGUGCUCAAACAGAACUUCAUGACCAAAGUAGAAGGGGAGACAUUGGUGAUCUCGGAAAUUAUUCAGUUGGCCAAGCAACUUAUUCCACUGAUUCUGCUAUGGGUAAUAUUAAUUAUUUGCAACAAUUAGCCAAUCUGAAGAGUUAUAACAAUGAUGCUGGUGAUCUUGGUGGAACAACUGGAAUAAAGAAUAGAGCCUUCCAGCCUCAGCAACAGUCAAAUUUUGAAAACCUUGGGACCGGAAUCAGGAUUAAGUCCCGUGGACCUCAGCAACGAACAAAUUUAGAUAGCGCUGUAAAUCAGGGCACAGCACCAAGAAGAAUACGCCUACAAAAGAAACUCUCUUAUGGGCUGACGAAAGUUUCUGCAGGUUGUGUUGAUGAUAGCAAAAGUAGAAGUGCCAGCCCUGGUGAAGAAGUUCAGUCUGCUCUAAGUGAGGUCACAGAAGCAGAAGCUGCUACAGGACAGACUUGUAGCUCUGAUGAUGAGUUAGAGGAAGAGAACCAACCAUUCAAUGUCGAUGGGGUAGAGGAUAUUGCUGAAGAAUCUUCUACAAAGCUGAGACAGAGGGUGAAGCAGGAUGGUGAACAAGGUAGCAGCGAAACGAGUCCAUCAGUGCAAUCAAACGCAGCUGCUACGCAGCAUCAUCAUCACUCGAGCUCCCUGUCGGUUCUUGUUAUCGUCAUUUUCAUUAUUACGAUGUUGAUGGUUCUUGUCACGGGAACAUGGAGAUGACUAGGAUAUUUGGUUCUUGAUGUGGUUGAAAACAGGCAUGUAGGUAGGUUAACUGCAUUUCCCACUGUGCGGUGGUGUGAAAAUUGAUCAGGUUUUGUAAAUUGUAUCCUACGUCUAAUAUGUUAUCUAUGUAUGUAUAAUCGAGAAAUAAUAAUUCCAUAUGUUAUACACACUAGUUAGCAAAUUUAGUCAUGUAACGAUAAUGUCAACCUGUAUUUAGCAGGACAACAAAAUAG